GUUUUGUCCAACCCCGAGUUCCUGGCAGAGGGGACGGCCAUCACAGACUUGCUGAAUCCCGACCGCGUUCUGAUUGGUGGAGAGCCGACCGGCGAGGGCAGUGAGGCUGUGAAGGCGUUGAGCUGGAUCUACGAGCACUGGGUGCCCAAGGAGAACAUUAUCACCAUGAACACCUGGUCCUCAGAGCUGUCUAAACUGGCUGCCAAUGCUUUCUUGGCCCAAAGGAUCUCCAGCAUCAACGCCAUGUCGGCCAUCUGUGAGGCCACCGGGGCCGAUGUGGACGAAGUGGCCCACGCCGUGGGCACAGACUCUCGCAUUGGACCAAAGUUCUUGAAAGCUUCCGUCGGUUUUGGUGGGAGCUGCUUCAAGAAGGACGUACUCAACAUGGUCUAUCUGUGUGAGUGUCUGAACCUGCCCGAGGUGGCCGCCUACUGGCAACAGGUAAUCGACAUCAAUGAGUACCAGCGCCGUCGUUUCACCAUGCGUAUCGUACAGAGUCUCUUCAACACCAUCACCAACAAACGUAUCACUGUGCUGGGGUUUGCCUUCAAGAAGAACACAGCAGACACGAGAGAAUCAGCAGCAAUCCAUGUGUGUAAGUACCUGCUAGAUGAAGGAGCCCACGUCCAGAUCUACGACCCCAAAGUGCCGAGAGAUCAAAUCAUGAGUGACCUGACGAUGGCCGAGAUCACAGACCAGCCAGAGAGAGUGCCAGAACUGGUGACAAUCUGCCCCAACGCGUACGAGGCCGCAGAGAAAAGCCACGCCCUGGUCAUCUGUACAGAGUGGGACGAGUUUCAGACGCUGGACUACCAACGUAUCUACGACAAGAUGCUCAAGCCGGCCUUCAUCUUCGACGGACGGCUACUUUUGGACCACCAGCAGCUCAUGGACAUCGGCUUCAAGGUGGAGACGAUCGGCAAGCGGCUGAACCGAGACCAGGCCAAACUAGUUCGAACCCACGCCAAUAGUACAAGCUAGUCACGAAGGGUGCCCGUGUGUGUAGUAGUGUCUGUGUGUUCAGGUCACGUGAAGAUACUUGUAAAGGGGCAGUGUGUCUGUCGACUGUUGAGAAUACGCUUCCGUUGAGAAUAAGUUAAUGUUAUGGAGAUGAAGUUUUUUGUCAGUUGGAAACGUUUAGCUGAAAGAAGGAUUGUUUGGGGUAUUUUUGAUGCAGAAAUAAGUUGAUAAAAUGAUCUGUUUUUGUUUUUGAAAAUUAUUUGUCAAUCUUGAUGUUUAGAGCGAUAUGUGAACACCAGUGGAUUUUUUCUGUCUCUUCAUGUGAAGUUUUUCUACUUGUCUGUUGAAAUAUUCACAUUCACACAAAGUUUGUUAUGAGUGUCAUUGGAAGUUGUAAGAGUGUCUGUAUUCAUUUAAGGAAGGGCCAUUUAUGGUGUCUCUCUCUUGCAUAUUGUAUGUGUCAUGAUGCGGUGGAAUCAGGCUCUCCUCAAUUUUUUGUUAUCUGGAGUUAUUGGUGUUAUCUUAAAGCUUGUUCAUUUGUCUUACU